AUGCAGGUGCAGGUUUGCCUGCCGAGCGGCAGCAGCUGUUCCGUGGUGCUUCCGCCAGAGGCCACCAUCAGCCAGCUGAAGGUUGAGGCGCAGAGGCAGCUUGAGCGCCGCUUCUUAAGCCUGGUUGCAGAAAGCCGGCGGCUGGACCUAGCAUCCACUUUGAGAGAGGCAGGCGUGAGAGAUGGGGAAAGACUUGGCGCGGUCGCUCAACGCGGCGCGCUGGCUGCCACCUCGGGUGCGUUCGCUUUGUACGUCACAGGAGGCAGCGCAGUGACUUGGGGUGACAGACGCAGUGGCGGAGACAGCAGCCAGGUACAAUCGCAGCUAGUGCAGGUUCAGCGGAUCCAAGGUACCAGAGCUGGUGAUCCUAGGGCUGGUGCUUUUGCUGCCAUCCGGGCUGACGGCACAGUGGUGACCUGGGGCGAUCCAGGAGCUGGCGCCAGCAGCAGUGAGGUGCAAGAGCAGCUGGUGCAGGUCCAGCAGAUCCAAGCAAAUGACAAGGCUUUUGCUGCCAUCCGGGCUGAUGGCACCGUUGUAACCUGGGGUAGUCCAACUUAUGGCGGAGACAGCAGUGAGGUGCAAGAGCAGCUGGUGCAGGUCCAGCAAAUUCAAGCAACAGGCUAUGCUUUUGCUGCCAUCCGCGUUGAUGGGAGGGUGGUGACCUGGGGCCGUCCUCUGUGUGGCGGAAACAGCAGCCAGCUGCAAGAUGACCUGGUGCAGGUCCAACAGAUCCAUUCAAAUGACACUGCUUUUGCUGCAAUCCGGGCUGAUGGCACCGUUGUAACCUGGGGUAAUGAAACUUACGGCGGAGAUAGCAGCGAGGUGCAAAAGCAGCUUGUGCAGGUCCAGCAGAUCCAAGCAAAUGACAAGGCUUUUGCUGCCAUCCGGGCUGAUGGCAAUGUUGUAACCUGGGGUAAUCAAACUUAUGGCGGAGACAGCAGCGAGGUGCAAGAGCAGCUGGUGCAGGUCCAGCAGAUCCAAGCAACAGGCUUUGCUUUUGCUGCCAUGCGGGCUGAUGGGACAGUGGUUACCUGGGGCCAUGCAGAAUAUGGCGGAGACAGCCGCGAGGUGCAAGAGCAGCUGAAAAAAGUCCAGCAAACCCAAGCAAAUGACAAGGCUUUUGCUGCCAUCCGGGCUGAUGGCACCGUUGUAACCUGGGGCGGUACGGGCAAUGGGGGCGGUAGCACCCACGUACAAAGGCAGCUGCUGCAGGUCCAACAGAUCCAGGCAACUGACUCUGCUUUUGCUGCCAUCCGGGCUGAUGGGAUGGUGGUGACCUGGGGCAAUCCAAAACGCGGAGGAGACAGCCACCAGGCUUCGGCUGGCACGCCGAUGCGGCUGGAAAUCGUGAGGGAGCAGGAUCCGGCCCUUUGGACCUUCGCUUGCGGCCUCUUGCAGGGCAUCAGCUCGCGCAUCUAG